GGUUAAACAGUGAAAAGUGUCUGGAUUAAAGAGAAGCAGCAGUUGUGGGCUGUGUCCCACUGAGCACCUCCCUCUGACCCAGCUGCUCAAACUGGCUGAGGACACACCAGUCCAGCACCUCUGCUCCUUCCAGAUGACACUGGAACCAGGGAGAGUUUGGAUUUAAACAUGAGACACAUGGAAGAGAACAGCUUCGACCUCCGUGCAGACGUGAUCACCACGAUCCUAAAUAACGAAUGGGCAUGACGGUACGGGCCAAGCUGAGGGUGUAGCCACAUCUGGUAGAGAGCUGAACUGAGCAGGACUCUCAGUCCGAACGACCCGCUGCAGCAGAGAAGAUGGGUGAGGUGGAGGAGGAGAGCGACAAUGUGGGGAAGCUAUUUGAGAGCUUCAUCCAGGCCUCGACCUGUAAAGGAACACUUCAGGCCUUCAACGUCCUCUGCAGACGUUUGGACCUGGACCCUGCUGAGCACAGAACCUUCUAUGCUGGUCUGAAGGCAAAGGUCACCUCCUGGAAGGCCAAAGCACUGUGGAGCAAGUUAGACAAACGGAUGUCCCAUAAAGAGUACAAGAAAGGCCAAGCUUGUGUGGGCACAAAGUGCCUCAUCAUCGGAGGAGGUCCCUGCGGCUUGCGGACAGCCAUAGAGCUCGCCUUGAUGGGCGCCAAAGUGGUGCUCAUUGAGAAGAGGGACUCUUUUUCGAGGCACAAUGUGCUCCAUUUUUGGCCCUUUACCAUCCAUGACCUGCGGGGCCUUGGGGCCAAAAAGUUUUAUGGAAAGUUCUGUGCCGGAGCCAUAGACCACAUCAGCAUUCAGCAGCUGCAGAUGAUCCUCCUGAAGGUCGCCCUGAUUGUUGCAGUGGAGUUUCACAUAAAUGUGGAGUUUGUCAGGCUGUUGGAACCUCCAGAGGACCAGGAACAUAAAGCGAUCGGGUGGAGGGCUGCAAUCCGACCUGCUGACCAUCCGGUGGCUAACUUUGACUUUGACGUGGUGGUGGGGGCCGAUGGGCGGAGGAAUACACUGGAAGGUUUUAAAAGAAAAGAGUUUAGAGGUAAGCUGGCGAUCGCCAUCACGGCCAACUUCAUCAACAGGAACACCACGGCGGAGGCCCAAGUGGAGGAGAUCAGCGGAGUGGCCUUCAUCUUCAACCAGAAGUUUUUUCUUAACCUCAAAGAGGAGACAGGUAUUGAUCUGGAGAACAUCGUUUACUACAAGGACAACACACAUUACUUUGUCAUGACGGCUAAGAAGCAGAGCCUUCUGGACAAGGGAGCUGUCAUCAAUGAUUACUCCGACACCCAGAUGUUGCUGAGCAGUGAAAACGUCAACCAGGAAGCUCUUCUGACCUACGCCCGAGAGGCUGCUGACUUUGGCACCAACUACAAACUUCCUACUCUUGAUUUUGCCAUGAACCACUGCGGGCAGCCAGAUGUGGCCAUGUUUGACUUCACAAACAUGUACGCGUCGGAGAACGCCGCUCUGGUCAGGGAGAGAUUUGGACACCAGCUGCUGGUGGCGCUGGUUGGUGACAGUCUUCUGGAGGCGUCAGCUGCUGGGACGUUCAGGGCCCUCCUCCUCCCAGUCCCCGGGGCUGCGCCGCCGCCCAGGCCGCCUGCUGCCCGCUGGCUCCGGGAUGACGCCACCUCUCGCUCCGCCCCGGCGCAAACUCGCUCCGUGCGUUCAUUUCAUUCCUGCUCUCAUUCCGAGCAUUCUUCGCAUCUCUGUCAGUGCGCGAAGCGAUUCACCUCCACCUUCCUGGCUGGCCCAGAAACACCCGAAUAA